UCUGAUCACACCCUGCUGUGGUAGAGACUUGUGUUCGCCCAUGCCCCCCGCCCAUCACCCUGGACUGGUGCGAUUCAUCAACGCGAGUAAGCUUGCGGAUGAACCCAUGAGUUGUCUGAUCGGCCCAAAGUCAGCGGUGUCACGGUAAAUAAUACCAAGAAAUGUAGUGCUAAAACCAGCAGUUACAUUAAUCAAAAAGAGCGCUAACGGUGAGUUGGUAGAGGUCUUGGCCGCCAAGUCAUCCUCGGUUCUCCGGUCCCACUCUUCAAACGUUGAAGCAUCAUCACAGUCUCUGCCGCACAGCACACUUCAACACCAUAAAACUAACUGCUCGCUACCAUGACGGAUCAGACAGAACCCGAAAAAGCCACCGCGCCGCCCGCGCCAGACCCCAAAGCCGCUCUCUCAGCCCGGAUGGCGCGCUUCAAGGCCCUGCAAGAACAGCGCACCUCGGGCAAAAAGGCAACCGAGAAGGAGGUCAUCGAGGAGAAGAAGCGCAACGAGGGAAAGCCGGAGGAGCUGGAGAAGGCGAAGCGGCUGCAAGAGCGCGCAGAGUUUAAACUUCUCAAAGCCGACGAUCCCGACUUUGAGCGGAAGCGCCACUGGGACUACACGGCCGAAGAGGACGAGAAUUGGGCCAAGCGGCUCGCGAAGAAGGCGAGGAACAGGGACAACAAUGCUUUCAGCGACUACCGUCAAGAGGCCAACAAAGUCUAUAAACGACAGAUUAAGCAGCUGUCGAAGGUCGACUUGGAGGCGUAUGCGGCACAGCGCGCUGAGAAACUGCAGAGGCAAGUCGCAGCGGGCCUGCUUGAGCUCGUGGAGACGGACGAUGGCGAUGUUUUCACUGUGGACAAGGAUGGCCGCGUCAACACUCCGGUCGAAGAGAACUACAACUUUGAUCACAAGCCAAGCAAAGAAGCGGUCGACCGCUUGGUAGAACAGCUGGACAAGUCGGAGAGAGCGCGCUUGAAGGCGAGGGCGGCAAGAGGAUUGAAGGAAGACGAUGGCGGAGACGUGACUUACAUCAACCAAAAGAACAAACAGUUCAACGAGAAGCUGGCCCGGUUUUAUAACAAGUAUACAACGGAGAUUCGGGAGAGCUUUGAGCGUGGCACGGCGAUCUGAGAAGGCGCAAUGGAACGUGGAGGAAUUAUGAUACCCCUGGGAUGAGCACUCUGGCGAAUGGACGAGGUCGCUAGGUGCGAUGUUUCUAUCUGGAUUAUUGAAGACUUUGCAUAAGUAAUGACUAUGGAGUCUGGGUACUUCUGCGCCUGCGCUACGGAUCAUGAAAUUUGGACAAUGGACAAUGGAGUGCCGGAGUCGAAGGAUGCUGUAGAAUAUUGUAUUAAUUGCACAAAGAGGCGCGUAUCCGCUAUU